AUGAUGACCGGAGCAAUCCCACCGACGCUACCACCGGAAACAAAACGCAGCGUUUUGAAACCGCACAUCAUGGUGUUUCCAUAUCCAGCACAAGGCCACUUGCUUCCUCUUCUCGACCUAACUCAUCAACUCUGUCUUCAUGGCUUCACAAUCUCAAUAAUCAUCACUCCUAAAAACCUUCCUUACCUUUCUCCUCUUCUCUCUACUCAUCCAUCCGCCGUUUCCGCCGUCAUUUUACCUUUCCCUCGCCAACCUUCACUCCCUCCCGGAGUCGAAAACGUCAAAGAACUCGGUUGCUCCGGUAAUCUUCUGAUUAUGGCUUCUCUUCGUCAUCUUCGAGAGCCUAUCAUCAAAUGGUUAUGUACUCAUCCUAAUCCUCCUGUUGCUCUCAUCUCCGAUUUCUUCCUCGGAUGGACUAACGAUCUCGGUAUUCCUCGCUUUGCCUUCUUUAGCUCGGGAGCAUUCUUAGCUUCGAUUGUCCAUUUUUUCUCCGACAAGCGUCAUGUAUAUGAAUCAACCGAGCCUGUCUGUUUAUUGGAACUUCCUCGUACCCCUGUUUUCAAAACAGAGCAUUUACCGUCUUUUGUCCCGCAAUCUCCUUCAUCGCAAGAUCUAGAAAUUCUUAAAGAUAUACCCAUGAGUUUCUCGAGUUACGGUUGUGUUUUCAAUUCUUGUGACUGUUUGGAAGAUGAGUACAUGGAGUAUAUGAAGCAGAAAGUUGGUCAUAACCGUGUUUUCGGUGUUGGCCCGCUUUCUUCAAUCGGGUUAAGUACGGAAAAUCCCAAUUCGGAUGUAGACGUAAAGGCCUUGAUGAGUUGGCUUGACGGAUGUCCAAACGGAUCAGUACUCUAUAUCUGCUUUGGAAGUCAAAAGGAGUUAACCAAAGACCAGUGUGAUGCUCUGGCUCUUGGUCUUGAAAAGAGCAUGACCCGGUUCGUUUGGGUGGCUAAGAAAGACCCGAUACCCGAUGGAUUCGAGGAUCGGGUUUCAGGUCGAGGGAUGAUUGUUAGAGGGUGGGCUCCUCAAGUGGCUGUGUUGAAUCAUGUAGCGGUAGGCGGGUUUUUAAGCCAUUGUGGAUGGAACUCGGUGCUCGAAGCAAUGGCUAGCGGAACAAUGAUCUUGGCUUGGCCUAUGGAAGCAGACCAGUUUGUUGAUGCAAGGCUACUAGUGGAGCAUAAGAGUGUAGCGGUUCGAGUAUCUGAAGGAGGUAACACUGUACCAAACCCGCAUGAGUUAAGUCGGAUCAUAGCUGAAACAAUGGGUGAAUGCGGACGCGAGGUAUGUGCUCGGGCUAAUGAAAUGGGACGUAAGGCACGAGCUACGACUGAAGUAGGAGGAAACUCUAGUGAAGAUUUAAAUAGACUUGUCAAAGAAUUAAGCUCUCUAUAA